AACCGUAUCAGUUAUCAGAAAUAAUGGUACUAUUAAUAAAGAGUUUCAUUGGCAUGAUAUCGCGAUUAAAUUGACUUUCGUUACAUAGAACGUGUAAGGCAGUUGUACUUUGAAGAUGGAACUUGUCGUGGUGUGUGCGCUGGUUGGUUUGGUUGGUGGAUCAGUGGGACCUUAUGUGGACCUGGACUAUCAUAACCAUGUGGGUAUUCCUGCUGCUAAGCGGAUUAAAGCCCAUGAAUUGGAGAUGCACAAAAGUGUCAGAAUUACAGGGGGAGCACCGGCUGGGAUAGGACAAUAUCCGUUCUUUGGCGGUAUCCUAAUCACAAUGAUCGACGAUUCCCAAUCCGUCUGCGGGUCCACUUUACUCAGCAACACCCGAGCAGUCACCGCCGCACACUGCUGGCGGACCACCUUCUCCCAAGCCAAGCUCUUCACCGUCAUCUAUGAUUCCAUCUUUCUCUUUUCUGGAGGGACAAGAGUCAGUACUAGCGAUGUUGAAUUGCACGAGGACUAUAACGCUACCACGAUUCUUAAUGAUAUUGCUAUCAUUAAGCAUGCUUGGGUAGAUUUCAACAGUGCCAUACAUUCCAUCCCCAUCGCCAUUGGUGAAAACCUCUAUGUCGGCCGAUGGGCUCAGGCAAUAGGCUUCGGCAGAACCAGUGAUAGUCCUAUCAUCCCGCAUGACCGCUUCCUCUCACACGUGUUCGUGCAAGUGAUUACGAACGAGGAGUGCGGUCAGACUUAUGGUUCCGCCGUCACGAAUUCAACCCUCUGCGUAGCGACGACUGGGGGGAGAAGCACUUGUAGUGGGGACUCAGGAGGGCCUCUCGUCGUGGAUAAUAAGCUGAUCGGCGUGACGUCCUUCGGGCACGCGGGCGACUGCACCCGCAACAACCCGACUGGCUUCUCGCGAGUCACCUGUUUUGCUGCCUGGAUCAAUGAUCGUCUCUAAAUUAUUGCCAAAAAAGCCGACUCUCAAAACUUUUAGGAAUUUCAAAGAUCUGCAAAUAUAGUUUUAAGUGAUCUAAGAUCUCUCACACAAUCUUUUUGGCGACUUAAAGAGAUCCAAAUAAGGAGUGUGUGUUAAAAUUUUUGGAAAUUUAUCAUAUUGUUGUAUACGAAUCGAAAUUGUACGUUUCCAAAAUGAAAGGUUUCUUAAUUUCCUAUGAAAA